GCCUGCUGCUCCUUCGCACACCGGCCACCCAGAGCCCCCCUGCCUUUGUCCAAGCAUCCUUUUCUGAGCGCGUCCGCCCGCAGCAUCAGCGGCCGCGCGCCGCAUCUCACCAUGUCUGUAUCGUCUACGUCACUCGGGCCUCGCCGCCCGUUGCGCUAUCUCGUCGCGCUUGCCAUCGUCUCAUUCCUGUUCAUUCACUGGUCUUCGCUUUUCCACAGCGCUUCGCCCUUCCUCACGUCCGUCAAUGCCGUCUUGCCGACAAACUCCACCCUGGGCUUCGGUGCCAUCUACGUUCUGUCCAAAGACGACUCGCCGCGCAGAGAGCGUCUCAUCCAGGCCGCCAAUGUCACCGAAAUCGACCUCACCAUCCCCGUUCAGCCGCAUUGGACCCUGGAUGACGAGGAGAACUUCCGUCUGCCGGUGAACUCGACUGUGGGCCGCGGCUCGCUUUUGGCCUGGCUGGGCCACUUGCACAUCUUGCGGGAGUUCCUCAAGUCUGGCGCAGAGACAGCCAUCAUUCUCGAAGACGAUGUCGACUGGGACAUCCGUUUACGUUCCCUCCAGGUUCCUCUUGUCUCGUCUGCCGUCCGCUCUCUUCUUCCGCCUGCCAAGUACCCAUCCUACCCCUACGGCCAUCCCAAAGAUUGGGAUCUACUCUACAUGGGGCAUUGCGGCGACUACUUCCAUGGAAUGGACGUUGGGUUUGAAGACGGUCAUGUUGUACCGGAGAACUUGACCCAAACGCCGCACAUUGCCUUCCAUGACCCCAGCUUGCCGGAACUGGAAGAGCUGCACCCGUGGACGGAAAGCCUGUUGGAGAACUUUAACUUAACAGACCACACGCGGUUGGUGCACCGCAGCCGUUUUCCACUGUGCACAUUCGCAUACGGUGUUACGCGUGCCUCGGCGCACCGACUCUUGACUGAGCUUGCUGGCAGCGAAUCACCGCGACCCGGAGCGCAUGCUUACGACGUGACAAUCUUGCGCGCCUGCAUCAGUGACGGCUUGCGCUGCUGGAGCGUCAACCCGGAGCUCUUCCAUCAUACACCCGGUGCCAGCAUGAUUGCUGGCAUUGAAGGCCACAUGAACAUCCCCCCUGUUGAUGAGGCAGGGUGGGAGCAGGUUCUGUAUCGCGACGAGACAAGCAAUAUCGAUUGCGGUUUCUGGAACGAAGCCUUUAUCUUCGAGGAAGGCGAUCACAAGAAACUGGAGUGGCUGCGCGAGGAGGUGGCUCGCAAAGGAAAGUGCCUGAAAGAGGGCAGAGGCCUGCUUAACGGACGAAUCGUUGAGGAGUCUCAAGAAACAUUUGAGGAGUGACGAGACUUCCCCUCCUAGACACCGCGACAUCGAGCGACGAAAUUGAUGGUUUGUGAGCAUUCCUUUCUCUUUCUUUUUCUUUACAUGAUCCUUGUUCCUUGCAAAAUGAGCGCUUAUAGACAGCAUGGCUGUUCCUCUUUACUUUCUUGUAUACCACCGUAGGGCCACGGAGUCAAGGUGAUGCCUUGAAUUAUGCAUUACGGGAGUCACGGAUACCCUAACUUUCUCUUGUACCUAACUACUAAACUUUUUUUUUUAAAAAACUUUUUUGUCUCUUUUGCUUCAGAAGCGUCGUAUCAGCGCAAUAUUUCAUAAAGCUUGUCUAGAGAGACGCGGAUACGUUUCAGUCCGUAACCAAGCGCGGCAUUUGGCUUAAUUUUCGAGUUAAACUAUACCAACAACCGUAGUUGAAUGUAGCCC